CUUUUUUUUGGCGGGUGUUUGUGAAGAAGAGCAGUAUUUCUGCAAUGAUCGCCGGGCGUGUGCAGAAAACGUAAAUUGACAUGGAAUCAUCAAACAUGCGAGGCAGAGCACAGAGCAGCUGCAGCGGUUCAAGCCGCUCGAGCGCGUCGACGGGUUCAGCGUCGUCGGGGACGCAGGAAGCGAGACAUUUCAUCUUUGACCGAGAUUGGUAUCCCGACGUGCCGCUGGUUAUCCAAGCGAAUCAACUGAUUAUCGGGCGUCUUGGGCUGGGGCACACGCUGCCGGAGCUCGUGGCCGAGUCGGCGAGGAACGAGGCGGGCUGUCACCCGGGCACGAUGGCGGCGUACUUUCACCAUGCGAUUACGCUGGAGCUGGCGUGUUUGAUGAGCAAUGAUACGGUUCAAAUGGCGAUUGUGAAGGGCGUCAGGGUAUGAGUGGGCUCCGACAGCAGAGUGUAAAUCUUUCUGGGCACGAACGGCGUUUGAUCAUUGGUAUUACAUCGGGAUUAUUGAACUAUGGAACCAUGAAGGAAGGACUGUAUUUGUUUACUUGCUGAGAUUGAGCGAAAACGAAUGGUGCCGUGGUUAUCACUGCGCACGAAAUAGACCUCGGCAGCAAUGAGCAAUCGGAGUUGCAGUUUCGGGACAGGCUGUGAUGGUAGGUACUACUUAGGCUGAAUUGAUCCAGACGGCCAUGCUGUUAUCUUCAACUUGGUCCAACGUACCAGACUUCAUCGCUUUGAUUCACGAUGCAAACCGAUCAUGGCAGACCUCAGACUGGCCGUUGCAAUGUCUUCAAGCUGCCAUCAAAUGUGAUACGACGCGAGGCCGUCAAUGCGAGAGAGACAGAGCGCGCUUUAGUCGACUAAGGGUGGAGGGCCAUAUUAUUUAGCGACAUUCGCUAGAAACCUUCAAUGGAGACCACGGGAGGGUGCAAAGUAGAUGUGUUUCCAGUACUGCUUCCCUUCCAGCAAUUAUUACCCAACGGCACCUGAGUAGUGACUCGCCAUUUCAGCUACCCUAGCUUGCAUGUGAAUUUGAAUCGGGCUCUGUUUAGCAACGCGGUGAAGACUCUGUGUGACGGAUAAUGGACCCCAAGAAUGUUGAUGACGAUAGCGCCGCCAGGACAACGCACUAGAUAAGAGCGCCUAACAGGCGCACCAGCAUGCGAUUGCCACGAUUUUCUGGGUUCCAGUGAACUAAACGACUGGAAAACGGUCUUUGAGGGCAGGUGGAACGGGCAAUUCGGGGCUCGAGCUGACAGACUAGCUGCUGAAGGCAUCAAAACAUGG